AUGGCUGUACCUUCAGAUACUCUGGAUAUCAUUACAGUUGGAAAAUACUCUGACCAGCGAAAAAAACACAGCAGAGUGUCCAUCUCAGACGACAGUGCACAGCAAACAUUCACUGUGACUAUGACGAGCAUAUCGGCGACUGAUGCUGGUUCUUACUGGUGUUGUAUCGAACUCAGUGGGCCAGAUGUUAAACAGCACCUUGAGUUACAGGUCACAGAAGGUGCUCCUGAUCUUUAUGUGAAGAAUCAGACGGUCACUGCCAGUGAGGGCAGUAGUGUGUUGAUUUCCUGCUUUCAUCAAAAUCAGAAACCUAAAAGGUGGUGUAAGCUUCGUGGGGAAUGUGGGAAGGAAAGCAUGCAUGGAGCCACAGUUGAGCUCAUUGACUCAGACAAAUGUCUUAAAGUUAACAUUAGUAAUCUGAGGAUGGAGCACACUGGAUGGUACUUUUGUGCAGUGGGGGAUCUACAGAUGCCUGUUUACAUCUCUGUGACAACGAAAUUACCUGCUCAGACAACAGCACUCAAUCAGCCCAGGUAA